GACGUGUCGUUCACAGCCACUGUGCGUCGGCUGCCGCGUGUGACGUGCCGCGAAGUGACGCGACUUGACAGUGCCGACCGUCGGAUCACAACCUAGGGGUCGCCACAGCCGCAGCUUAAAGCAUUUGGUGCUUAGGGCGGGUGCAGCAUGCGCCUGUUCCGCGGCCGGCGCAGCUCGGAGACGCCGUCGCCGCAGCCGCAGCCGCAGCCGCCCCCAGCCGGAGGGCAGCAGAAUGGCGCCGACAGCCCGGCCCCAGGCACCGACUUCCAGACCGUCAAGGCGGUGCCCGCGCUCGUUCUCGAGGAAGCUGGCCCCCGCGAGGUCAAGAAGAUGCUGUCGACGUGGGGGCGGCGUAUGGGCCGCAAGCUGGAGGCGAUGCGGCGCCAGAGCGACGGCGGCGCACCCGCCUCCGCGGACCGUGAGCCCAGCGUGCGCAGAAGGCCGGGCUGGCGCCUGGGCCGCGCCUCCGCCCCCGAUGUGUCGCCGCGCCGCCCCCUGCUGCCGCCCGCCUCCGGACCCACCCCCUCCCCCGCCCACGUACCUUCCGCCGUUCCGCCAGUACCCGCCCACGUGGCGGUGUCUCUGUCUGCGUCGUCGACGCCGCAGCCGUCGCCGCGGCACGAGCUGCUGCACGCCGCGCCCUCGCCCCUGCGCAACUUCUUCACUCGCAUCGGCUCCACCGGCAUGCUCUCUAGGAACCAGGUGAGCCCGUUCCGCGGCGGCUCGGCAUGCAGCAGUGCGGCUGGCUCGGCGUCGGACGUGAGCGCGGCAGCGCUGUACAAGAGCUGCAGCACGUCGCACUUGGUGCGCGACGACGGCCUGCGCUCGCUGGCCGCCUCCGUGGUGGGGGUGGCGGUGGGAGCGGCGUCGGACGCGGAGGACGCCGCCUCCACGGCGUCGGGCUGCACGGAGGCCGACCUGAGCGGCGGCGGCAGCAGCGCCGGCGGCAGCCCCGCCAGGGACGCCUCCUCCGCCCCCACCGCCAGCAACGGCUACGUGCCCACCAAGGCCGUCUCAUGCGACAACAUCAACUCCAUAGGCACCGCCGGUGGCGCAGCGGCGCAGGGCGCUGGCGGUGCGAGGCGGACGUCGCAUUUCCCGUACGCCUUCCUGCGUUCCAAGCUUUCGGUGCUGCCAGAGGAGAACGGCGCCGGGGGCGGAGGCCGGGGGGCGGCGUUCCGAGCUGCCAUGGCCGCGGCGGCCGGCAGGGCCAGCGUCGGAGGCGGCGACGUGACGGCGGCGACGCUGCAGCCGCCCACGGUGGGCGACGCCCGCUGCGGGCUACGCGCGCGCGCCAGCUCCGAAGAGUGCGUGACGCGGCUGGCGGAGCGCGCGCGCAGCGCUAGUGACGCGGACGUGGAAGCCGCGCGGCGCCAGCUGCAGCUGUGCGGCACCCUGGGCCGUCCCGGCGCGGGGGCGGCGGCGGCGGCGGCGGCGGGGGUUGGCAGCAGGGAGCAGCGUCGCAGCUUCCCGCCCAACGUGGCUGCCGCCGCCGCCGCCUCUGUCUACCACCUGCACGAGGCGGACCCCUACGGCGGCGGCGUAGGCGCCCUGGGCUCCACGCCGCCCCCACCGCCCCCGCCGGUGCCCGCGCGCUCCGCCGCCCACGCCCCCGCCGCUCCUGGGGAGGAGACGCGCCCAGCCUGGCCGCGGCGCGGACGCUGGGCCAGGUCGUCUUCGGCCAGCCUCCUACUGCCCUCCGCCAGCAGGCCGGCAGCGCCCACACCGGAAGGGACGCCGCCGACGCUGCGCAAGGCAUCCGCCCCCGCGGCUGCCCCCGCCUUCGUCGUUCGGAGACUGGUACAACAGUCUCCGCCUCCACCGCCGCCGAGGAGAGGCUCCACUCCCCCGCCCACCACACCGCCACCCCCACCGCCGCCACCUCUUCCGCCCCCGCCUGCGCCGCCGCAGCGCUACUACCACCAGCAGCAGCAGCUGAGCCCGCUGCUAGAAGCCGCGCCUGCCCCCGGACCGAGCAUCCACCGGCCGCCACCGCCGCCCCCACAGCCGCCAUCCGGUGGACACCACCAGCACCACCAUACGCCGACGCCCAUUCCAUCACCCGUCCACCCACUGCCACCCGCGCCUUCACCUUCGCCGUCGCCGACGCCCCUGAGCUACUCGCGGACGCUGCAACCGUCCCCUCCACCCCCGGUGACGCCCCGCAGUUCGACGCCUCCGGCGCUGCCCCCACGCCCCCACACGCCUCCCACGCCGCCCCCUCGCGGCCAGACUGACGCCCGCCGCCAGCAGUUCCUUACGUCGCAGCUGCAGGGCACAAAAUCUCCCACCACCACCGCCACUACCACUACCGCUGCAGCUGCAGAUGACGAAGAGGCAGCGGAGGCCAGGGACACCUUCCAGGAGGACCCGACGCGCUGCCCUUCGCCGCGGAGGCAAUCGCAGCAGCAGGUGCAGCAGCAGCUGCAGCUACAGGCGCAGCAGCAGGCGGCGAGCCGGCGGCGUUUCCGACUGGUGCGGCUGCUGCGCGAGACGGCGCCCGGCCGCGCCGCGGAGCUCGGCAUCUCGCUGCGACAGCUGAUCGAGCCGCCGUCGGCAACACCGCGCUACCUCGUAACGCACAUCGCGCCCGGCAGCGUGGCCGACAGGGACGGCCGGCUGCGCGUCGACGACGAGGUGGUCAACGUGGACGGGCGGCUGGUGCGGGGCCUUGCCACGCUGUCCGAGGCACGGGCGCUGCUGGCGGACGCACGCCUGCCGGAGGUGGAGCUGGUUGUGGCGCGCGACGAGCAGCCGCCCCCGCCGCCCCCACCAGCCCCCGGGCAGCAACCCAGCCCGCCCCCUCGCGCCGCCAGUCCUUGCCCCAGCGGGCGCAUCAGCCCGGCGCACUCUGAACACCACAGGGCACCUGGUGGCAGCCCUGAACACCGCGUGGCUGUCGCGGCUGCAGCUGCUGCGCCGGUGAGCCGGCGCGACAGCGACGUCGUGGUACCGUCGCCGUUCGGCAGCCCGGAGCACCGCGGCAGUCUGUCCGCGCGGCGGGACAGCAUGGGGCUGUCGCGGCGAGACAGCAGCGGCAGCGCCGGCAGCCCGGCACUGGGGCGGCGCGACAGCGCGACGAGUCAGCGCAGGCUCAGCCACCGGGACAGCGUCUCGAGCACACGCCGCGACAGCACGGCUCAAGGCCUGGGCCACCGCGACAGCCUGGCGGCGCCAGUGGUGGCGGAGCCGUGGCGGCGCCACAGCGACAACCUGUGCCUGCUGAACCACCGCGCGCGCCUCUUCGUCACGUCGCGCAACGUGGCCUCCUGCGACGAGGCGACGACCAUCGUGCCGGUGCUGGCCGCCGUGACGCCGCCGCUGCUGCGCGAGCGCACCGAGAGCCACGACCUCGACUCCUCGCAGGAGGACGUCUCCGGGGAACCCCCGCCGGCGCCCAGGCCAAUCAUCCCGCCGGUGUCGCUGACGAACCGGCGUGACCCGUACCUGGCGACGCGGCGGGCCUCUCGCGCGGCGCUGCACGUGGCGGCCGUGGCGAGCGCCGGCGGCGUCGGCGUCUGCAACAGCGCCAGCGGGCUGCUCUCCGCCGGCGGCGACGCCGCGCAGAAGCGCACCCUCAGCGACAGCACGGGCGCCCGGUCGCCGCUCGCCGAGAUGGUCGACGACGUCUUCGUAUCGACGCCCGCGCUGCGCGGCGCCUCCCCGGAGACCAAGCAGCGCCAGCAGCAGCACCCCAUGACGGUUCACACCGUGCUGUUCGAGAAGGGCCCAGGCAAGAAGUCUCUGGGCUUCAGCAUCGUGGGCGGCCGCGACUCGCCCAGAGGCCACAUGGGCAUCUACGUGAAGACCAUCUUUCCCACGGGACAGGCCGCCGAGACCAAGACACUUCAGGAAGGUGACGAGAUACUGGCGCUGAAUGGAGAGCUGAUGACGAGCUUGUCACACGCGGAAGCUAUCGCUGCUUUCAAGAGGAUCCGCUCGGGACACGUGGCACUGCGCGUCGCUCGCCGUACUGGACACGGCGCCAGAUCCAGCAAGUCCAAAUCUUGUGAAAACCUGGAGUGAAUAAUACACUGCUGCUGCAGCAGGAAAUGAAACUUCCACAUUACUUGCAAGUCAGCAUGGUGUUUGCAAGAAGAAAAGUCCCACUAGUCACAGAGAUCACAACAACAAUAUACUGGGAAGUGGUAUCAAAUUCUUCAUCUGGCAACUGUAAUCUCUUUUGAACAUUUCAAGUACAGGUUAUUCAUUCUUCAGUAAGAAGACAGUCUGUUAUUUACAACAUAUGCAAAAUUAUUUGAAAUUUCACUUCUGGGAUUCUUUACCUGUUGUUGAAAAGAAGACACUUUAUAUUCAUAUCUCCCUGUUAGUUGUAACUGUUUAUGCCUUGUCACAUACUAUGCACAUUUCCUAGUUGUAACUGUUGAUAUGGCUUGAUGAUGAAAGAAUUAUUUUCCAUUUUGAAUAACAGACUACAAUGAAAGGCAGAUAUGCUUGUCAAAUACUCAGUUAUGGCACCAGUAAUACAACAUUGGUGGAGACAUAGAAACAAGUUCUUCACCCAGACCCUGAAGGCCCAUGGGAUGUCAAUCAGCUGCUGUGUCAUCUGCUGCCAUGUGUCAUCAAGCAGAUGCAGUAUGAAGUGGCAUGUGGUCAGUACACCACUCUCCAAGCCAUUUUGCCAACUUUUCAGACCUUGGAGCUUCUGCUUCUCACUUCUCAAUCAGGUAACUCCUCAAUUGGCUCCACAAGGCUGAGUGUAACCUAUACCAAGCCUCCCACCAAGGGAAAAUCCUUGACAGUAGUGGGAAUCAAAUCCAGAUCUUCCACAUGGCAGCCAUCUACGCAGACCACUCAGCUAAGAAGGUGGAUGUAAACCUAUAAUGGAAGAAAUAAAUGUAAUGACUUGAUGCAUAGUUGAGGUUUUUUGGGUGGUCAGCAGAUACAUAAAAAAAUCCUAGAAAUUCUGCUAAGUUUUUGAACAGGAUCUUUCCUCAGAGUUCUGUAGUGUGAAGACAAUAUAGGCAGUCAGAAAAGUCACUUUAUGAAUGUAUGUGUGUGUAUAUUUUUGCUAAUCAUUUAACUCUGAAGAAGCAGUCCAAAAGCUUAGCAACAGUUUCAACAUUUUUGUGUGCCUAUUAAGUGUUCACUGCCUCAACUGUAUGAUGAGAGGCUUCCUGAACUCCUUCCAUCAUUUAUAGCACCAUUUGUUCACUGCAUUUCACAGAGCAACCAUGAAGGAGAACUUUCAGGAUAAUGAAACAAAUCUUGGUACAUGAGUGGACACAAUGAGGGCCAUUGACAUGUGGUUGCCUUUGCCUCUUCCCCCCCCCCCCCUUCCCCUCCACCAAGAAAAAAAGAAAUUCAGUAUCAGUUUGAAGAAAGAUGGAAAAAUUAAAGGAUACUGAUUGGUAGCAAGUGUACUCAGAGCCAUUUGCAAUAAAAUCUCAAAACCAUUUAUCAUUCAAUGUGAUACCACCAUGAAUUGUCUGCUCACCUUAGCUGACAUCUGGGUAUACACUUGUCAAGGUAUGUCUUUACUAAGAAACCACUUUUAUCAAACAGAAAAUAAUUCUUUCCAAAAAAUUUUAGAAACUACACUAACAAUUGUAUAUGUCCAACUGCUACAAACUAGCUGUACAUGCUGAUACUAAAUUAAGUUCUAGGUUAAAUUUUUAUAUUCAAUCUUUAAGUACUUCAUCCAUUCUCAACAUUAACACAUAUGAAAUGUGCAUUGUGCUUGUGUUAUUACCAUACCACUAAAAUUGAAAAUUAUUCAAAUUGUCACUGUAGUUAUGGAGUUUGUCAUAAACUAUAUAAGAAUUUUUCUACAGAUAUCUUCAAAGUUGUAUACAAUUUCCCUGAGACCACUUCUCCUCUUGCAUUCUGCAUUUGCUGUCUGAUUACAAAAUGUGCUUGUGUGUCAUGUGCCAAAGUUUGAUAAGCAUUUCAUUUUUUAAAUGUGCUAUUUGACAUAACACAAUGAAACUGACAAUUCAGUUGGAAUUGUGUAAACCUUUAACAAAUUUCUAAGCUGGUAUUAUCCCCAGUAGAGUUUUAAUUAAGUAUUAUUUUCACAUGUUAGUAUGUAUUUGUUUAUAUACUGGAUAUUUUUCCUUCAUAUCUAUGAUCAUUGAAAAAACAGUGAUGAUAAUACUGUUGCAUAUAUCUCUCUCCCAUAUUCAUAUUCAAACUAUUAUACUGUACAAAAUACCCAUGUUGGUGUAAAUAAUAGUUUACAUUCCAAAGAUAUUACUGCUGUUGCUGUCAGUGUCAUGUUGUUUGCAUAUAUGUAUGUCACAUUAUUUAAUUUUUGUUUAAUUUAAUGAGAUAUGUGAAUUGAAGUCUUGUGUCAUAAUGACAUGGAAAAACAAAAUUUUGAAAUAAAAGAGAAAGGAAUAUGUGGACUCAAAA